GACUGGUUUUGUGCGGAUGGCUGGAGAACAGGAGGAAUGGACAGUCAUUGUCCUAACAUGCCAGUAUAAGGACAGCGUCUUUGCCUUCCACAAAGAGCUCGAGGUCCGUCGGGAUCGCCAUGCCCUGGGCCAGCACCCCAUCUUGCUCACCGUUGAAGACCCCAAGGUCCAGGUUGGCAGUGGAGGUGCCACCCUCAAUGCUCUCCUUGUGGCAGCCGAGCACCUGAGUGCUCGAGCCGGCUAUACGGUGGUCACAUCAGACGUCUUGCAAAAGGCCCGGAUUCUCAUCCUGCACAUGGGCCGGGACUUCUUGUUUGAUGACUGCGGCCGAGCAUUCACCUGUCUCCCCGUCGAGGAUCCUGCUGCCCCCAUCGAGGCACUCACCUGCAACCUGGACAGCCUGCUGGCGACCUUGACGCACCAGGUGUGCAAGGGAUCCCCGCCGGGGGUGUGGGUUUGCAGCACUGAUAUGCUUCUCUCGAUCCCUGCCACUGCUGAGAUCGAUUGGCAUGGAUUCCAGGGUGCUAGAGUCAUUGCUGUGCCAGGAAGCGUCUCCUAUGCCCGGAAGCAUGGAGUUUACCUUGCCAAUGCUCAGGGGGUUGUCCAAGAUAUUCUCUACCAAUGCCCUGAAGAUCAGAUUCAACAGUGUGUGGGGUUAGAUGGAAAAGUCCCACUGGUCUGUGGGGUCGUAUUCUUCUCUGCAGGGACAGCAGAACAGCUACUGGCUACCCAUGUGGUUCCCCCCCUUGAUGCCUGCACCUACUUGGGCCUGGACUCGGGAGCACCACCCAUUCAGCUGUCCCUAUUCUUUGACAUCCUGCUAUGCAUGGCCCAGGGGGUGGCUGAAGAAGCCUUCGUGAAGGGCCAGAGCCCAGGGAUGGGCAGUGGAGACGCCGCAGCAACGAGGAGUGCCCGAUCGGUGUUGUGGAAGGCCCUCCGUACAGUCCCGCUCACUAUGGCAUACAUUCCUGGUGGCCGCCACGACUACAUGAGCAUGUCAGCCGGUGAUCACAUCCUCCACUUAACAGCCCACGAGGGCACGGCUUACAGCCGCCCCUUCUGCAAAGUGGCCCAUUCCAACGUGGCUGAGCCACAACUCCUGGAAGAGGGCUGCUCAGUUACUAACAGUUUGCUGGAAGGAGCAGUGUCGUUGGGGCCUGGGAGUGCUAUUCAGCACUGCUGCUUGAAGGGUCCCCUGCAGAUCCACUCUGGUUGUCUCCUCACUGGCCUGGAUGUGGCAUCCUCUGAGGACCUCAAGGGCCACUUGCUCGAGGAUGUGGUCAUUCAGGGACAUUCCGUCAGACUGAGGGACAUCCCUUGCAAAGUGUUCACUUUAAGCGGGCGGCACGACAACUGGCAGAGCCCAGCAGAGGACAAUGGCACCUACCUGAAUGUGCCAUGGGCGGAGUUGUUCCGCAGGACAGGAAUACGAAGCCAGGACCUUUGGAGUUCAGACACCCCCUCGAGCAGCCGCUGCCUGCUGAACGCCCGCCUCUUUCCUGUGCUGCAUGCCUCUGAGCCGCUGGGCCUUGGGGACAUCCUGUGGCUCUUGGGUUCCCUUGGGGCUGGCCAACCGCAGCGCUGGCGAGCUUCGUGGCGGAUGUCCUGGGAGGAGCUGCGGACCUGCCUGGACCAGGAGAUGGAACUGGCCUCCCGCAAAGCCCUCUUCUUCCUGCAGGCCCAGAGCAAGAUCCGAAAAGUUCUGACGGAGCACAGCAGCUGCAGCCUGCUGCCGCUGAUCCGCUCGGCGGUCAUCGAGGGCUACCAGGAGGCUGUGCUGAAGACGCUGGAUGAGGUGGCCUCCACCGCCAGCGAUCCUGGCGUGGCUGCUCGGUCUCUUGCCUGCAUCGCCGACGUGCUGGCCUGCAUGGCUAAAGGAAAAGGAGGGUUGCGGAGCGGCCCGGCAGCCAACAAGGCUUGGGCCUCAGCCUUCCAGCAGCUGGAGAGAGGCAACAUCCCUGAGGGCGUAAAAGAGCUUGCCAAGGAGAGGAAAAAAUGGCUGAGCAGGCCCGUCCUGCUGGUCCGUGCCGCUCGACAUUACGAAGGGGCGGAGCAGAUCCUCAUCCGCCAGGCGGUGAUGUCUUCGUGCCAGUUCAUUAGUGUCCAGCCGGUGGAGCUGCCUCCUGUGGGACUCUGGGUGCAGGUGGAGUGUCCCGCCAGAGUAGACCUCUCCGGUGGCUGGAGCGACACGCCUCCGAUUACAUAUGAACAUGGUGGGGCAGUGGUGGAUCUCGCCAUCCUGGUGGAUGGACACAGGCCUAUCGGCGCUCAGGCCCGGCGCAUUACUGAGCCAGAGCUGCGGCUGGUUAGUGCCAGUGGCGGUGGGCUGGAGGGAGAGGUGGUGGCGGAGCUGGUGUGUCGGCAGCUGGAGGACCUACAAGAUCACUGCCAGCCUCAUGCCCCAGGCGCCUUGCUGAAAGCAGCAUUCAUUUGCACCCGAGUUGUCACUCUCCAUUCCCAGAGGACCUUGCGAGACCAGCUGGAGGAACGCUUUGGAGGCGGUUUCGAACUCCGCACCUGGUCUCGUCUGCCUCACGGAUCAGGGCUGGGCACUAGCAGUAUCCUGGCAGGUGCUGUGAUGGCCGCAUUGUACCAGGUGUCGGGGCAGUCCACCAGCACUGAGUCCCUCAUUCAUGCAGUGUUACACCUGGAGCAAGUGCUUACCACAGGGGGUGGAUGGCAGGACCAGGUUGGAGGGCUGGUGCCAGGCCUUAAGAUUGGGCGUUCGAAGGCUCAGCUGCCGUUGAAGGUGGAGGUGGAACAGAUUGCCAUUCCUGAGGGUUUCAGGCACGCCCUGAAUGAGCACCUGCUCCUGGUGUACACGGGGAAGACGCGCCUCGCCCGCAACCUGCUCCAGGAUGUUCUAAGGAACUGGUACGCCAGGCUGCCUGCCAUUGUCCAGAAUACCAACGCUCUUGUGAGCAAUGCUGAGGAGUGUGCCCGGGCCCUUCAACAAGGGAACCUGGCUCUCUUAGGCAAGUGCAUGAGCAAUUACAGGCUGCAAAAGAAGGCCAUGGCCCCCGGGUGCGAGCCUUUGGUUGUCCAGUGCAUGAUGGAGGCACUCCAGCCUCAUGUCUAUGGGCAGAGCCUGGCUGGUGCUGGAGGCGGUGGUUUUCUCUAUGUCUUAACAAGGCAGCCAAGGAUGCAGGAGGCCUUGCAGAGGAUCCUGGCAGAAACAGAGGGACUGGGAAACUUCAGCAUCCACACGGUUGAGGUGGAUGCAGCUGGUUUCCAAAUGCGGCUUUUGGAAGAGGACCUCCCAUGUGUGGAGCAGUAGGCACUGCAGC